AUGUGCAAAGACGGUGCCAAAGCCAAAGCUAGAACCUACAAAAAACAGAACGGGGAGAACUACCAGCAGAAGACGAGUGCUUUUGUUUCUAAUUCACCAACAUAUUUGUACGACCCGACUGCAAAACAUUUCAUCGAUGGAUUGGCACAAUCGGCGCCGACUUACGGAUUGUUGGUUCCUAAUAGGUUGUUUGUCGGCGGUCUCGGUGGCGAUGUAACCGAAUCUGAUUUGAAAAGUUUUUUCUCAAGCUAUGGCCCAAUAAGACAUUGUAAAAUUAUGCUAGACAACAAUGGCAUGAGUAAAGGGUAUGGUUUUGUUACAUAUGCCUGUGCUGAUGAUGUUGAAAAGUUAUUGAAGAAGGAGGGUGAGCAUGUUGUUUACAAAGAUCGUAAAUUGAAUAUUGGACCUGCUGUUAGGAAGCAGUCAGUUGUCCCACCAAUGUUUGCAGCAGCUCCUACAGCAGCAGUAGCAGCACCGCAAGCAACUACAGCAGCUGCCAUGACAGCCACUUCCUUACUGGCAGGCUCAAACAUUGUGUACAUCAACGGUGUGCCGUGUAUCAUGCAGGGUGGAGUUCCACCCCUGGCCUCUCCACUCCCCACACAUCAGGCUCUUUCUUCUACUUCACCGGCCACUACCAUUCUUCCGAUUCCCCUCCAUGAUGGCUUGGCUUACUCACAUGGGCCUCCCAUAGUUCCCAACGCUUCCCAGCUGGUUCCUGGUUAUUCCAUGGUUAUGUUUCAGCCACAAUACAUUGCUAACAACAGCACCAGUGUGGAGAGCAUUAGUGUUAGCAACAACAACAGCAGCAGCAACAAUAGCAGCAUGUACCUACAAACUGCUCAGAUGAAUCCAUUGAGUGUUGGCAACAAAAUUCAUUAUUCAGAAUCUCUAUCACCAGGCAUACACAUUGAUGCUAACACUGGCUUACAGCAUUUACUUACAAACACAGCCAAUGGACCGACGACAUUCAUACAAGGAUUCAUGCCACAACAACAACAUCCGCCACAAAUUCAGCAGCACAUACAUCAACAGCCACAGCAGCACCUAAUGCUCCCAGCUGCAGCUGCCCUAAUGAAGCCGUCGCCAUCAACAACUGGUCUCAUUUCUGCAGGAAUUGUUGAUCCUAGUUACUUCCCACAGGCGCCAUAUAUCAUACAGUCACAGCAAUCAAAGUCUCACUUUCAGCAGGCACAAGGUGAGCUGGCCUCUCAUUCUUUUGCGGCCAUGGAUUCUAUACAAAAUCACCAGUUUAUACAACAUUUGCAACAUAAACAACAAAUCGCGUUUGCUGCUAAUGAGUCCUUACCAGGUCACCAAGUCCAGUUUAUUGAACUAUCUCAAGUCAUGCCAAACCACAACAACAACAACAACAAAAACAGCUCGAUUCACAGCAACAGCAGCAACAACAUGCACAACGACACUGCAACGUUGGCAACUCAACAACCAAAAGUAGCAGGAGUAAAAAGAUUGCUUUCUCAAAAUGUUUCCACGACAACCAUCCAGCAAGCAAUGACGUCGUUUGAAGCACCAGCUGUUAAAAUUCUAGCUGGCCAAUCACAGCAGAGAAUAAUAACACAAGCCUUUAAUGACAACAUUGAUGUAGUAGGAAACGAUGCAUCACAACAAACUGACUAA